UUUUCGGUCUUCUUACAAUCUCGUCGUUCCCCUUACUUUUCAUUAAAAAGUAGAAAUAAAAUAUAAAAAAAAACUAACUCCACCGUUCAACCCAACCAGUAAAUACUUAUGAUAGAGCAAACUAAAGUCAUAUUAUGAUAGAGCAAACUAAAGUCAUUCAUAGCAGAGGCAGUUGAAUUCAAGCAGGCGGUAAAAGUUGAGGUCCGUGUCUAAACGGGCCUUUACAACUUGGCAUUUUGCCGAAUUGAACGUCUAAGCACCAAGCCGCCAUUACUGGUUCGUUCCCAUCUCUGCGGCAUUUUCACAAACACUUGGGGAGUGAUUGUUGUUGCAUUGGUAAUCUUCCUCCAUGUUUACGGCUGUUCGGAUUGCCAAUUCUGUGAAAGUCCUAAUCUCGAACGAGUACAAUGUGAAUUAUUCUCGUCUUCUUCAGUUUUUUAACUUGAACGAACUCCCAAAUUAUCUCUGCAGAAAUCGUUUUGUGGAGUUGUGGUCAUGGUCGCAAAUCCGGUUGAUGACAACCAGUAAGCGCGUUCAGGAUAGAAGCCAAUUUAAGAGAGUGCAGGAUCUUGAAUUAGCGACGGAGAAAUGGAAGGUAGCUCACAAGGUACUUUUCUUGAUUGAAACUCUCAAGGAAGAGCCUGAGAUGAUAAUUCCCGUUAGGAAUUUAGAGCGAUAUCGUAGAAAAAUUAAUCUCCCGAAACCACAUAGAAUCUCAGACUUCAUUCGAAAAUCGCCUGAAAUGUUUGAAUUAUACAAGGAUCAGAGGGGUGUGUUGUGGUGUGGAUUGACUAAACAAGCCGACGAUUUGGUGGAAGAGGAGAAUAAGAUAGUUGAACAACACGCUGACAAAGUUGCCGAGUAUGUUACCAGGUUUUUGAUGAUGUCAGUGAACAAGCGGCUUCCGGUGGACAAAAUUGCUCAUUUCAGAAGAGAUUUUGGGCUUCCACUUGAUUUUCGAGCAAAAUGGGUAAAAAAUUACCCUGAACUAUUUAGGGUGGUGAAGUCUGAGGAUGAAUGUGAAUAUUUGGAGCUUGUUUCUUGGAAUCCUGCUUGGGCUGUGACAGAGUUGGAGAAGAAGUUCAUGGGUGCGACUGAGAGCACUGCUACUCAUACCCCAGGUUUGCUUUCACUUCCUUUUCCUUUGAAAUUUCCUUCCAAUUACAAGAAGAUGUAUAGAUAUAGAGGGAAAAUCGAUCAAUUCCAAAAGAGGUCGUAUUUGUCUCCAUAUGCCGAUGCAAGUGGGCUUAAAGCUGGUUCACUUGAAUUUGAUAAAAGGGCUAUUGCUGUUAUGCACGAGUUGCUUAGCUUUACCAUGGAAAAGAGACUCGUUACUGAUCACCUUACCCACUUUAGGCAGGAACUUGUGAUGCCUCAAAAGCUAAUGAGACUUCUUUUGAAGCAUGUUGGGAUAUUUUAUGUUUCAGAGAGGGGUAAAAGAUUUAGCGUUUUCUUGACAGAAGCUUAUGAAGGUCCGGAGUUGAUUGAUAAAUGCCCUUUGGUUCUUUGGAAGGAGAAGGUAUUGAGCCACGUUGGUUAUAGAGCAAAGAAAAAGAAGAUCAAAACUUUUAAUGACAUGUCUGAAAUGGAGGAGGAUAACAAUUUGCUUUUGGCUGAUGAUGACUCUGAGCAGGAUAUGGAGGAUACUGGUUGUUCAGAAGAGACUUCAUUAGAUGCAAAUACAGUUGACAUGGAAACUAGGGAUCGCCAUUUUGGGUAAAAGGAUUCUGAAUCUUCAUGAGCAUCAAUUUAAUUUGAUCUUCUUUAUAGAUUUCUGGAGGAAAGAAACCAACGGUUUGGUUCAAUGGAGCAAAGUCUGAUCCUGAUCUCCUAUUUUAGAGCAAUAUGUGUAUCUUAUCGUAUGUAUGCAGUAUGUAACAGUUAAUUUCUGCUCUAAUCAACGUUUCUCUCGGCCCUACAGCAGCAGGAGUUUCAUUUGAUCAGAAAAAUGAAACAAGCAUUUCUCUGGUGGGAUCUUUCUGAUGCUUGAGACCUGGCAAUGAUUUCUGGCAGGUAUGUAUGGGUUGUUUGAUCCUCACUCCUCAAAUUGCUUGAAGAAUCAUUUAGUGCACAGAGGAUGGAGGUAUCUGUGAAAGCCUCCUACUUGGUUGUUGAUGCAUUUCUGUUUCCUGUUUGUUGUUGGAUCUCCCACAUGAAUGUCAUGACAUUCAGGUUUCUUUCUUACCGGUUAUAUGAAUGAAUUGGGUUCAUUUUAUUAAGGUGAAGUAUUGUUCACAAUCUUGAAAGUAAUGGAUAAAUAUGUUCGUGAGAAUGAGGAUUGAUUUUCAAUUUGAAAAUAUAUAAUAUAGUACGAAAUCUACACGGCUAUUUCCUAACCUUUGUAAUAUGGAGCUCGAUAGAAUGUUUCCAACAUGUGUAGCAAAAAAUAUUGUGGCAAAAUGUACUUUAUCUUGCCCAUUCAAGGCCAUCACCAAAAUACUUGAUAAUCUUUUGGAAGUAA